UUUAUUCUAUGGUUUGAACUGUUCAGUGUGCGCUAAAUCUUUAUUCUAUGGCUUGACGACUGUGCUCACUGCACAGUGCACAGUUCAUGAUGAUAACGUUUAUAAUUUAUAUUUCAUUUUUUAAUUUAUUAUCAGAUAACACACAAUAAUAACAGGUUCUCCGAAAAAAAGUACUAACUCUAGUAGUAAGACAUUAGACGAGUAAGACAUUAGACAUUGGCUAUAAUAGGUGAUACACAUAUUGAAUCCAACUCGGAAAGUCAUAAUUUUUUUUGUAAUCCUGAAUAUAAAAUUGUUAUAACUUGUGAUAAUUUUAUUGUAUAUCCUUUUUAAUCAUGAUUCAUAGUUUAUUUAUUAUAAAUUCUGCUUGUGAUGUUUUUAUAGAAAAACACUGGAAAAGUAUUAUUUCUCGAUCAGUUUGUGACUACUUUUUUGAUCAACACCGAAAAGCUAUCAAUCCAGAGGAUAUUCCCCCAGUUAUAGCAACACCACAUCAUUAUUUGAUUAGUAUCUAUCGAUGUGGUCUUUAUUUUGUAGCUGUUUGUAUGACGGAAGUUCCACCAUUAUUUGUCAUAGAAUUCUUACACAGAGUAGUUGAUACGUUUGAGGAUUACUUUUCAGAAUGCUCUGAAAAUGUUGUUAAAGAUAAUUAUGUUGUUGUUUAUGAACUUUUGGAUGAAAUGUUAGACAAUGGCUUUCCUUUAGCUACUGAAUCGAAUAUUCUAAAAGAGCUUAUUAAACCUCCAAACAUUCUUCGAACAAUCGCCAAUUCUGUUACAGGGAAAUCCAAUGUAAGUGCCACAUUACCCAGUGGUCAAUUAUCCAAUGUUCCAUGGAGGAGAUCAGGUGUAAAAUAUACCAAUAAUGAAGCUUACUUUGAUGUAAUAGAAGAAGUAGAUGCUAUUAUUGAUAAAGGUGGUUCUACCGUAUUUGCUGAAAUUCAAGGAUAUAUUGAUUGCAGCAUAAAACUUACUGGGAUGCCUGAUCUCUCUUUAUCAUUCAUGAACCCCCGACUUUUUGAUGAUGUGAGCUUCCACCCUUGUGUUCGAUUUAAAAGAUGGGAGUCUGAAAGAAUUUUAUCAUUUAUACCUCCGGAUGGUAAUUUCCGGUUAAUGUCAUAUCAUAUUGGGUCACAAGGAAUAGUUGCUAUUCCAAUUUAUAUACGUCAUAUGCUUGCAUUAAAAGAAACAACAACUGGUAGUGGUCGCCUUGAUAUUACUGUUGGACCAAAACAGACACUAGGAAGAACAAUUGAAAAUGUUGUCAUAGAGGUACCUAUGCCUAAAAGUGUGUUAAACUGUACUCUUAUUCCUAACCAAGGUAAACAUUCAUUUGAUCCCGUUUCUAAAGUUUUGACUUGGGAAGUUGGGCGAAUAGAAACUACUAAACUUCCAAAUAUAAAAGGAACUAUUAGUCUGCCUGUAAGCACAGUUGUCACAGAUUCAAAUCCUGUUAUUAAUGUGAAAUUUACUAUCAAUCAAUUAGCAUUAUCUGGACUAAAGGUAAAUCGUCUUGAUAUGUACGGUGAAAAAUAUAAACCUUUUAAAGGUGUUAAAUACAUUACAAAAGCUGGAAAAUUUCAAGUGAGGAUGUAGUAAAAACAUUAAUUAAACAUA